AUGUAUGGUAGAAAUGCAAACAAUGUUACCAUUCAGCAGCAAUCUGUAUCUCAACUAGGACCACUGCCAUCUGGCCAGGAAACGCAUUUAACAAUUACAGCAAGAGUAUAUUUUGUAAAUUACAAUACAAAAACUACUACGCGGGACGAUCCUCAAUUACCUAGUAACUUAGAUAAUAUUACUGGAACUAAAUGGUCACAAUAUUUCAGUAGCGGAAGAAACUAA